UAUAAAAAAGUCCUUGCUAUGAGCCAAAUAAGAUCAGAGCUUUUACAUUCACGAAAUAUUGCGACAAUUGAUAAGUUAUUAAAAACAUAUAAACAAAAUAUUGCUAUUCCAUUUGAACAAAUAAACACUAAUAAUGACAACAAAGAGGACUUUAUAUUAUCAGAUGAAAACACUGAUAAUAAUAAUAUUGAUACAGGAGAUACUAGGGAUAAUGAUCAUAUAGAAACACAUAUGCAAUAUAAUUUAGCGAGUUCAGAUGAAUCAGAAAGUUUAACCGACUUGUAUGAAGAAGAAGAUGAAGUAAUGUACCAAGAUUUUUUAAUUUAUCUUGCAGAUAAUUUGGAAGCAAAAUGGAAAUUGACAGAUAUUUUUGCAGAUUCAUUAGUACAACCUGAUUCUAUCUAUUUGCUUUUGG